AUGUCGGAUCCGAGGUAUCCUCAGGGCUAUCCGCCUCCGCAGGGUUACCCAGGGUAUCCUCCUCAGGGUUACCCUCCACCGCAAGGCGGUUAUCCUCCGCAACAGGGUUACCCGCCUCCACCCACCGGCUACCCCCCUUAUCCCCCUCAAGGAUAUCCUCCACAGGGUUACCCAGCCGCCGGCUACCCCCCUCAGGGAUAUCCGCCACAGGGGUACCCGCCUCCCGCCGGCUAUCCCCCUCAAGGAUACCCGCCUGCCGGCUACCCGUCUGGUUCUGCGUACGCCGCACCCCGCGGCUACCCAGCUGGUAAUGUGGCUCACGUGUAUGUGGGCCGCCCCAACCACAAGUUCAAGGGGAGGAAGUUCAAGGGCUUCGUUGGCAAGCGCAAAGGUCUUUUCCUUGGCAAACGCAAGGCGUUCAUUGGCAAGAGGAAAGGCUUUAUUGGCAAGAGGAAAGGGGUCUUUGGCAGGAGGAAAGGCUUCUUCAAGUUCCACCAUUCGCGGUCGCUUGCCCGCGACAUCACGGUUCUCGCUCUCUCGUACGUCGUUUCCUCGCGUAGUCCGCGAUCGCGCUCCCCUUCUGUUCGCCCGCCCAUCCGCAAGUCGCUCCCGUCACCCUACCUUCCGCCCGUCACCGUCCCUUCCGCCCGUCACCCUCCCUUCCGCACGCCGCUCUCCCUUCCGCACGCCGCUCUCCCUUCCGCACGCCGCUCUCCCUUCCGCACGCCGCUCUCCCUUCCGCACGCCGCUCUCCCUUCCGCACGCCGCUCUCCCUUCCGCCCGUCGCCCACCCUUCCGCCCAUCGGACUCUCUUCCGCACGCCGCUCUCCCUUCCGCCCGUCGCCCUCCCUUCCGCCCAUCGGACUCUCUUCCGUCCGUCUCUCUCCCUUUCGUACGCCGCUCUCCCUCCCGCCCGUCGCCGUCCCUUCGUCCCGUCGCCCUGCCUCCCGCUCGUCCACUCGCAAUCCCUGUCUUCCUCUCUCCCCGUCGCCCUUGCCAUCCCUCCCGUCUCCCUUCCCGUUUCCUGUCACCUUUCCCUGCUUCCCCCCAUCCCCUUCCCUGCUUCCACCCAUGCACCUCCCUGCUUCCCCCCAUCCCUUUCCGUGCUUCCCCCCAUCCCCUUCCCUGCUUCCACCCAUGCACCUCCCUGCUUCCCCCCAUCCCUUUCCGUGCUUCCCCCCAUCCCCGUCCCUGCUCCCCCCCAUCCCAUUCCCUGCUUUCCCCCUUCCCAUUCCCUGCCUCCCCCCAUCCCAUUCCCUGCAUUCCCCCAUCCCCGUCCCUGCUUCCCCCCCUCCCCUACCCUGCUCCCCCCCUCCCCUUCCAUGCUUCCCCCGAUCGCCUUCCCAGCUUCCCUCCCCCCUUCCCCUUCCCUGCUUCCCCCCCUCCCCGUCCGUGCUUCCCCCCAUCCUCUUCCCUGCUUCCCCCCAUCCUCUUCCCUGCUCCCCCCCUCCCCUUCCCUGCUUCCCCCAAUCCCCUUCCCUACUUUCCCCCAACCCCUUCCCUGCUUCCCCGUGUCCCCUUCCCUGCUUCCCCCCCUCCCCAUCCGUGCUUCCCCCCUUCCCCUUACCUGCUCCCCCCCAUGCCCUUCCCGGCUUCCACCCAUCCCUUUCCCUGCUUCCCCCCAUCCCUUUCCCUGCCACCCCCCCUCCCCUUCCCUGCUCCCCCCCUCCCCUUCCAUGGCUCCCCCUAUCCCCUUUUCCGCUUCCCCCCUUCCCCUUCCCUGCUGCCCCAUGUCCCCUUCCCUGCUUCCCCCCCUCCCCUUCCCUGCUUUCCCCUCAUCUCAUUCCCUGCUUUCCCCUCAUCUCCUUCCCUGCUUUCCCCUCAUCUCAUUUUUUGCUUUCCCCUCAUCUCAUUCCCGGCUUUCCCCUCAUCUCAUUCCCUGCUUUCCCCUCAUCUCAUUCCCUGCUUUCCCCUCAUCUCAUUCCCUGCUUUCCCCUCAUCUCAUUCCCUGCUUUCCCCUCAUCUCAUUCCCUGCUUUCCCCUCAUCUCCUUCCCUGCUUUCCCCUCAUCUCCUUCCCUGCUUUCCCCUCAUCUCAUUCCCUGCUUUCCCCUCAUCUCAUUCCCUGCUAUCCCCUCAUCUCAUUCCCUGCUUUCCCCUCAUCUCCUUCCCUGCUUUCCCCUCAUCUCCUUCCCUGCUUUCCCCUCAUCUCAUUCCCUGCUUUCCCCUCAACUCAUUCCCUGCUUUCCCCUCAUCUCAUUCCCUGCUUUCCCCUCAUCUCAUUCCCUGCUUUCCCCUCAUCUCAUUCCCUGCUAUCCCCUCAUCUCAUUCCCUGCUUUCCCCUCAUCUCCUUCCCUGCUUUCCCCUCAUCUCCUUCCCUGCUUUCCCCUCAUCUCCUUCCCUGCUUUCCCCUCAUCUCAUUCCCUGCUUUCCCCUCAUCUCAUUCCCUGCUAUCCCCUCAUCUCAUUCCCUGCUUUCCCCUCAUCUCCUUCCCUGCUUUCCCCUCAUCUCCUUCCCUGCUUUCCCCUCAUCUCAUUCCCUGCUUUCCCCUCAACUCAUUCCCUGCUUUCCCCUCAUCUCAUUCCCUGCUUUCCCCUCAUCUCCUUCCCUGCUUUCCCCUCAUCUCCUUCCCUGCUUUCCCCUCAUCUCAUUCCCUGCUUUCCCCUCAACUCAUUCCCUGCUUUCCCCUCAUCUCAUUCCCUGCUUUCCCCUCAUCUCAUUCCCUGCUUUCCCCUCAUCUCAUUCCCUGCUAUCCCCUCAUCUCCUUCCCUGCUUUCCCCUCAUCUCCUUCCCUGCUAUCCCCUCAUCUCAUUCCCUGCUUUCCCCUCAUCUCCUUCCCUGCUUUCCCCUCAUCUCCUUCCCUGCUUUCCCCUCAUCUCCUUCCCUGCUAUCCCCUCAUCUCAUUCCCUGCUUUCCCCUCAACUCAUUCCCUGCUUUCCCCUCAUCUCAUUCCCUGCUUUCCCUUCAUCUCAUUCCCUGCUUUCCCCUCAUCUCAUUCCCUGCUUUCCCCUCAUCUCAUCUCAUUCCCUGCUUUCCCCUCAUCUCAUUCCCUGCUUUCCCCUCAUCUCAUUCCCUGCUUUCCCCUCAUCUCAUUCCCUGCUUUCCCCUCAUCUCAUUCCCUGCUUUCCCCUCAUCUCAUUCCCUGCUUUCCCCUCAUCUCAUUCCCUGCUUUCCCCUCAUCUCAUUCCCUGCUUUCCCCUCAUCUCAUUCCCUGCUUUCCCCUCAUCUCAUUCCCUGCUUUCCCCUCAUCUCAUUCCCUGCUUUCCCCUCAUCUCAUUCCCUGCUUUCCCCUCAUCUCAUUCCCUGCUUUCCCCUCAUCUCAUUCCCUGCUUUCCCCUCAUCUCAUUCCCUGCUUUCCCCUCAUCUCAUUCCCUGCUUUCCCCUCAUCUCAUUCCCUGCUUUCCCCUCAUCUCAUUCCCUGCUUUCCCCUCAUCUCAUUCCCUGCUUUCCCCUCAUCUCAUUCCCUGCUUUCCCCUCAUCUCAUUCCCUGCUUUCCCCUCAUCUCAUUCCCUGCUUUCCCCUCAUCUCAUUCCCUGCUUUCCCCUCAUCUCAUUCCCUGCUUUCCCCUCAUCUCAUUCCCUGCUUUCCCCUCAUCUCAUUCCCUGCUUUCCCCUCAUCUCAUUCCCUGCUUUCCCCUCAUCUCAUUCCCUGCUUUCCCCUCAUCUCAUUCCCUGCUUUCCCCUCAUCUCAUUCCCUGCUUUCCCCUCAUCUCAUUCCCUGCUUUCCCCUCAUCUCAUUCCCUGCUUUCCCCUCAUCUCAUUCCCUGCUUUCCCCUCAUCUCAUUCCCUGCUUUCCCCUCAUCUCAUUCCCUGCUUUCCCCUCAUCUCAUUCCCUGCUUUCCCCUCAUCUCAUUCCCUGCUUUCCCCUCAUCUCAUUCCCUGCUUUCCCCUCAUCUCAUUCCCUGCUUUCCCCUCAUCUCCAGGUGUUGUCCACAUCCAUCAAAACCUGCUUGCCACCCAUACCAGGCUUGUGCACUGUCCUUCCUGCCAUGCUCAUACCCUUGCUCUCCACUCACCCCCUUGUUCUCCCUCGCCCCACUCCCCACCCAUCCGCCUGCGCAAAAGCAGAUCUAG